CAGCCAAUCAGAAAGAAGUAUCGCAGCUUAUGUUUCCCUGUGGGGUUGCUAGUUGUUGUAAGAGUAAACUUCUUGACAAGAAGACCCUGAAACAACAUGGGGAAGAUGACCUUUUAUGUGCUCUACUCCCUGCGGGACGCCCCACGUCAGUUUUUUUGCAAAUCCAACCGAAAGUGCUACCAAGUGCACGUGCCCCUACCUCUUCCCAAACAGCUGGUGGUCUUCGGUCUCGGAGAGUGGAAAGGCAGCGAGACAACAAUCUCUGUAGAGGUUGUGGUCAGUGCGGAGGUACCUGCUCAGAAAAUAGGGACGCUGACCUCUCAAGCGAGGUGCAUGACCUGGGAGGGCGAGUGGAGCCCUGACAUAGUUUCAGUGGCAGCAGAGAGAGGCAGGAGAGGAGUUUAUGGAAAGAUAGUGCUCACAGUGUGUGGAGAGACUUUUGAGCAGGCACAGGAUAAAUCCACUAUCUUCAGCAGCACUCCUCUGGUUCAAAGAAAAUGUCUGUUCCCAGACGAGCACAACGCCACUGAUCUGUCUUCUACAUUACCCCAAAGCAUCGCAAAUGACACGAUAACUGCUGAAGUGUCACACUUGGGCGAAAGCGUUUCUUGUGCAGAGAUCCAAGUUAACAAAAUUGACAGCAGCGUUUCCACUAUGGGAAAUAAAGCCAGAGUUUGGCCUACGGAGAAAACACCCAGGCGUACAGUUAUUGGUAAGAGAGGCCACCUGACAUGGAGUCUAGAGGAUCUGGACAGCCUUUCAGAGGACAUGGACCAGGCUUCGACCCCAAAGAGAAUGAGGAUGUCCAGGAUGAACAGUCAGGACGACGUGUCUAUGCAGAUCAAGAGUGAAAACAGAGAAGUUUCAGCGUGCCCGUCUGAGCGCUGGAGCCAUACAAUGUGUCUGAGCGACCCUGACACGGCCAUCCUCAUUGGUGGAGAGACGGCAGACAAGAAUUACUGCAAGGACUCGCUGUGGAAAUUUGAGUUAGACAAUGACUUCUGGUUCCCCAUGAACUCCUCUUCCUCUGGACCUGUUCCCCCAUGUGCUCGAGGGCACUCUGCAACAUACGACCCUGAAUCAAAGUCAGUCUAUGUUUACGGCGGCCUUAGGGAGAGUCAGUGUUACAGCGAGCUCUACAUCCUUGAUACUCUGACCUGGAAGUGGAAGCUUGUCAAUGCUAAAGGAAAUGUACCGAAUUUGGCCUAUCACUCUGCAUCCUUUUAUAAGAAAGAGCUUUUUGUCUUCGGCGGAGUUGAGUCGAACCAUUUGUCUGCAGAUAAACCCUGCAGUAAUGCUCUGUACAUCUUCAACCCAGAAUUUGAACUCUGGUACCAGCCCAUUGUGGAGGGAGACAUGCCUCUGCCACGUUUUGGACAUUCAGCCACUCUGAUAUUAAACAAGUUGAUAAUAUUUGGUGGAAGGAAGACUGCUACCUAUCUGAAUGAUCUCCAUGUGCUGGAUCUGGGAUUCAUGGAGUACACAGCUGUGAAGUGUGGAAACAUGCCACCGUUGCCUCGAGGGUUUCAUGCAGCUCUGCCAGUUUCAGACAAAAAGAUAUUAAUCAGUGGGGGAUGCUGUGCAGUUGGAGCCCUGCAGGAUGUCCAUGUUUUCAACACUGACACCAACAUGUGGAGUGCACUGGCUACUUCUCUCCUCUGCUCCAAGCCCCGUGCUGGUCACAGCAUGAUACAUUUGGGAUGCUCCAUCCCAGCUGAUACUGAGAAGCAUAAAAGAGGUGAAAAUGGCCUAGUAAAAUGCAGUUUGCUGGUGUUUGGAGGAUCAGAUUGCUCUGGGACUUUCUACAAUGACACAGUGAAAUGCACAGUGGAUAUUCCUGUUGACAAAUGACAGAUCCAUCACUCAAGAAAUCCAAACAGGUUUUUAGAGGUUCUAAACAAUAGAGCUGUACUGAUCUGUCCUGAUGUGACAAAUAUAUUAUAGUACUUCAAAGCUUUUAACAGUUAUGUUUCGAUGUAGUUUUCAUAUAUUUUACUUUUUGUGAUGUACUCUUUCUUCUUUAACUUAACUAUAGCUUCUUUUUAGGAGUAUUUUUAAACAGCCAUCCAUUCUUCAUUCACAGAGAUAACAAGCUGCAAGCAUUGAAAUAAGUGGUUUUUAAUUUGCAUAACAAAUCUGAUCUGUUUACACGUGAGGUUCUGACCUUAUCCUUGUCCUCUUUCAAUGUUUAGAGGAUAAAACUGCUGGACGUGGUAAAAUGGACAAAGGCAAAUGCUAAUAAAUACUUUUACUCUUCA